AUGUCGGACCAUAUGAUGAGCAUCGUGUCCCUCACGGCAGGUUUGCCUGGGCUGAUCGAGACAUGUAUUCAUGGAGGAGAGUUCUUCGUCUCCAGACUUGACACCUACCGCCAAGCCGAUCAGCGUAUUGCCGAGUUCCUCCAAAUGUUUUCUCUUCACUGGGAUUUUCAACGAGAUGCCCUUAAGAAGCUAGCGAGUCUCGAGCCAAGGCUGGAUGAGGACGUGAAGCAGAGAUUCAUACAAGUUCUUGAGAGCCUUCGACGCCUGCUUGAGAAAGCAUCAAGCACCAUAUCAAAAUACACUAUACCGACAUCGGUCGCGGCUGGCCCGUCAGCUGUCCAGAAACUCCGAUAUGCACUACUUGAAGAGAAGGUCCUGGCAACUCUCGAAAAAGAGAUCACAGCGUGGGAGAAUCGAUUCUUGAUGCGCUUGACUGUCCUUGUUGAUAUGGGAUCCGUGGAUUCAACCACAACACUGGCAAGUGGAUCCAAGAACGCAAAGGUAAACAUGCGGGUGCCGCUUCUACGAUUGAAGGAUGGAUCGUCCGUGGAGGUGCUCCAGAGCCCUGGGGAGCUACGUUCUUUCGAAAAGGAAAAUACCACUUCCGGGAUUUAUCAAACGAGUGAUCCUACUGUCUUAGUGGAAUUGUACGAAGCUCAAUACUCGGACGACCCGAAACAGCGAGUCGAAGACCUAGCUGGAUCUUUAUGUGCUGCCGAGCCAGACCUGAUGCACAUAAUGCCUUGCAUGGGAUACAUGAAGUCUGGUUUCGGAGUUUCUAAACCUGGACUGCUGUUCAGAUAUCCUGUAUCCACGCAAGGAAUGAAGCCGAGGUCACUCCGUAGUCUCUUGUUAGAGCCAAGUAUCAAGCAUCCACUGGAAGAUAGGGUACGCAUGGCACUGGAGUUGGCGACUGCUGUCUGGUAUAUACACUCUGGCGGAUUCGUACACAAAUGCAUACGGCCGGAAACGAUCUUGGUAUUCGUUGAAGAAGCAGACUCCUCUCUGCCACCGGACUCAUCGUAUUCAAAAUACCCCUGGAAACUCGGUCCUUCAUUCCUCGCUGGCUUCACCCGUUUCCGAAGUGAUGAUCGAGCCUUCGAGUCUGGUCGCAAUGAAGACAGCGAAGUAUCACGCUAUUGCUACCGGCACCCACGGCGAUGGGGAAUCGUUGCCCAGGAAAAAUUCUCGAUGUUACACGAUAUCUACAGCUUAGGGGUUAUACUACUUGAGAUUGGUUUGUGGAACUCUCUCCUGGAGUGGAAAAACUCACAGGAUAAAUUACCGCUUGGUCUAGCUGCACUGCUAAGAGGAUAUACCCUGGAGCAAGUGACAACAGACCCAUCGUUAGUCAGAACAAGACUCAUUGAUACGGCAAAGAGGCAGCUCCCAAGGGUCAUGGGAAGUAAAUAUACGGCUGUGGUAGUUUCAUGCUUGUCAUGCGUUGAGGGUGGUUUGACGACUUCCUCAAAAGGGCUUGCUGAUCGAAACCCCGCACUUGCAUACAUGGAAGCUGUUGUGGAAAGGUUGGAAGAGAUUGAAUUAUGA